ACUUCUCACUGCAUUGCUUCGAACCUUUCCUUUUCAACAAAUUUUCGGCCACAAUUUGUCUUCUUACCAAACAGAUUGGAAACCUUUAUCAACUACUCUGCCACCAAACAGCUUCCUCUUAAAUGGCACUGUAAAAAUUGAAAAAAACCCCCUAAGUUGAGUUCGUUCUGUGAAAAUUUUUUUCUGGUUUUGAAGUCUGUCGUUUUAUGGGUGGGGUUGUUUUUGUAUUUAAAAACUGUUGAGGCUUUUUGGAGUUCGGUAUAAAAGGAUAUUUAUAUUCGUUCAGAUUCUUCUCUCUGCGAAAACUCUCUCCUUUAGCCACCUUAUCUCUCUAUCUAUCCUGGUGUCUGUCUCUCAUGCUUUCCUCUUGAAAAACCAAGUUCUGGGUUUUCUUUAAGGGGCCUAUAGAGAGAUAGAGAGAUAGGAAGGAGAAACAUGGAGGCUGUGCUACAGACCAAAGGGCUUCUUUCCCUGCCACCAAAUCCCAAAAUCAGAGCUUCUUUGUAUCCCUCACAGGGCUUAAAGCGCAGGCUUUUUGCUGCUAAACCUAAAACCCUUUCUGGGCUUUCUUUAUCUUCAAAUGGUUUUCCUAGAUUUCCCAGCGUUGUGUCGAAACCAAAUGGGUUUCCCACAAAAGACGGAAAUUUGCAUAUUUGCAGGGCAGAGGCUGCGGCUGCUGCUGAUGGGCAACCUUUAUUUGGCGAAGCUGAGAAGCCUAAGCUCUUGGGUAUUGAGCUUUCGACUCUUAAGAAAAUUAUCCCACUGGGAUUAAUGUUCUUUUGUAUUCUUUUUAAUUACACAAUUCUCAGAGACACAAAAGAUGUGUUGGUCGUGACGGCUAAAGGGAGUAGUGCAGAGAUUAUACCAUUUCUGAAAACUUGGGUGAAUUUGCCUAUGGCUAUUGGAUUUAUGUUGUUGUACACACAAUUGGCUAACGUUUUGUCUAAGCAGGCUCUCUUUUACACCGUAAUUGUUCCAUUUAUUGCCUUCUUCGGUGCUUUUGGGUUUCUUUUGUAUCCUCUUAGCAAUCACAUCCACCCUCAAGCAUUUGCUGAUAAGCUUCUCAAUGUACUCGGUCCAAGGUUUCUCGGUCCAAUUGCAAUUAUGAGAAUUUGGACUUUCUGUUUGUUCUAUGUCAUGGCUGAAUUGUGGGGGAGUGUGGUGAUUUCAGUACUCUUCUGGGGAUUUGCCAAUCAGAUCACUACUGUAGAUGAAGCAAAAAGAUUCUACCCUUUGUUUGGACUUGGGGCAAACGUUGCCCUAGUUUUCUCUGGCCGAACAGUGAAGUAUUUCUCUAAUUUGAGAAAAAAUUUGGGUCCCGGAGUCGAUGGCUGGGCCAUCUCCCUCAAAGGAAUGAUGAGCAUUGUGGUGUUGAUGGGACUUGCUAUCUGUUUCCUUUACUGGUGGGUGAAUAAGUUUGUUGCUCUCCCAACCCGCAGCAAGAAGAAGAAGGAAAAGCUAAAGAUGGGUACAAUGGAGAGCUUGAAAUUCCUGGUUUCUUCGAAAUACAUUAGAGAUCUCGCCACUUUGGUGGUUGCAUAUGGUAUUAGCAUCAAUCUGGUUGAGGUUACCUGGAAAUCUAAGCUCAAAGCACAGUUCCCCAGCCCAAAUGAGUAUUCUUCCUUUAUGGGUGACUUUUCAACUGCCACUGGAAUAGCAACAUUCACUAUGAUGCUUCUUAGCCAAUUUAUAUUUGACAAAUAUGGAUGGGGAGUUGCAGCCAAAAUCACACCCACAGUCCUACUUCUGACAGGAGUUGGUUUCUUCUCACUGAUUUUAUUUGGAGGUCCUCUUGCACCAGCUCUUGCACAGUUUGGGAUGACUCCUCUUCUUGCUGCUGUAUAUGUGGGUGCCAUGCAAAACAUAUUCAGCAAGAGUGCCAAGUACAGCUUGUUUGACCCAUGUAAAGAGAUGGCCUAUAUUCCCUUGGAUGAGGAGACCAAGGUUAAAGGGAAGGCAGCCAUUGAUGUCGUAUGCAAUCCAUUGGGCAAGUCUGGAGGAGCUUUGAUUCAACAAUUUAUGAUCUUGUCCUUUGGGUCACUUGCCAAUUCAACUCCUUACCUUGGUGGAACCCUUCUGGUGAUUGUGCUUGCAUGGUUAGCUGCAGCCAGGUCUCUGGAUACUCAGUUUACUGCUCUGCGUAGGGAAGAAGAGCUUGAGAAAGAGAUGGAAAGAGCAGCUGUUAAGAUACCAGUUGUGUCUCAAGAAGAAAGCGGAAAUGGUUCUCGUCUGGGUGGUCCCUCGCUCAAUCUGGCAGCAGGUGACUCGACCAGCAGUUCCUCUGAAACGACUCCCCGCAAGGUGUAAACUAUUUCUUCCAUCAUUCAACCAUGGCAGACUAGAAAAAUAAGCGGAACAAAUGAGAAGCUUCGUUAGGUGAAUUGUCCAUUGUAGGACGUUAUUUAUAGAAUGGAAUAAUAGCUAGAAGGUGGUAUGCAUUCUACAGUUCUUUCUAAGUCCACUUUUUACCUGAAUAUGGGCUUACUGUCUGUUUGAGUUUUAUUUUUUUAGUUCUUCUGCCUGUAAAACUAAAUUGGAUAGAUAGUAAUAGAAAUCCCUUUUUAGUUUCCCAUAAUAA